GAUCCCAGGACCCUGGGACCAUGACCUGAGCCGGAGGCAGACACUUAACGACUGAGCCACCAAGGCGCCCCUGUCCUCUCCUUCUUGAGUGAGGGUUCAAGCCCAGCCAUUGGCCCUGGAGGCCACAUGUUUCUUGCCUUCAUUGUGGUUGACGUCAGCCACCUUGAGUUGGUGGUAGGAUUCAAUUUCCAGAUGAGAUCGGGCACGUUCAGGGUGGUAUAUGGCUGUAGACAGGGACUCAACUUCCAGCGCUCAGCUCAGAGCAUGAGGCCCACAAGAGGGUGGCAAGCCCCCCGAAAGCCUGUGGGGCCAGGCACAGACCCCUGUGUUCCCGGUACUGGACAGGGCAGGGCUAGGCCUGGCCCUGAGGGUUCGGGGGAGCCAUGCAAGGUGGCGGAGCAGGGCAGGGCCAGCUGGGUCUUCACUAGGUUGGGGGUGGAACUCUGUGGAGUCAGAGAAGCAGGAGGCUGAAUGGCUCAUGGGGCAUGUUCCCACUCUGACCAGGUCCCAAUCCUGGUUCUGCCACUCCCAUGAGGAGAUGGGGAGGCCCUAUUCCUCAGAGCCUCAUGUCCCCAGGGCUCAGCCCUGCUCUGACAUCCCUGAUAAGCCCCCCCCCCCCCCCGCCCCGGAUGCAGACUCUUAUCGGCCGCAGCAGGCUGCCGCUCUGGGCUCUUUCCAGCUGCCAAGGCCCCUUCCGCGCUGUCUGCCCACGCUAGCUGGCCCCCAGGCGAAGAGGCUGUCGGCCUCCAAGCGGAAACAGCAUUUCAUCAACCAGGCUGUGCGGAACUCCGACCUCGUGCCCAAGGCCAAGGGGCGGAAGAGCCUCCAGCGGCUGGAGAACACCCAGUACCUCCUAACCCUGCUGGAGACAGACGGGGGCACAGCCGGUCUGGACGACGGGGACCUGGCACCCCCGGCCGCGCCCGGGAUCUUCGCGGAGGCCUGCAGCAAUGAGACCUACGUGGAGGUCUGGAAUGACUUCAUGAACCGCUCUGGAGAGGAGCAGGAAAGGGUUCUCCGCUACCUGGAGGAUGAGGGCAAGAGCAAGACGCGGAGGAGGGGGCCGGGCCGUGGGGAGGACCGAAGGAGAGAGGACCCGGCCUACACGCCCCGCGACUGCUUCCAGCGCAUCAGCCGGCGUCUGAGAGCCGUCCUCAAGCGGAGCCGCAUCCCCAUGGGAACGCUGGAGACGUGGGAGGAGCGGCUGCUGAGGUUCUUCUCCGUGUCUCCCCAGGCCGUGUACACGGCCAUGCUGGACAGCAGUUUCGAGAGGCUCCUGCUUCACGCCGUCUGCCAGUACAUGGACCUCAUCUCAGCCAAGCCAGGACCCAGGGGCGGGGCCCGGUGCUUCUCUGCGGGAGCUGAGCGGGGCCGAACACAGAGGAGGAGGGGCCCUGAGCCCGCGCCCCGCAAAGGCCUGAAAGCCGGGCCGAGCUUGGGGGGCGCGGGGCUAGUUCAGGUGCGGACCUGGAAGGCAAGAGGCAGAUGAAAGUCAGCAAUCGGCACCUGGACUUCCUGCCCCCGGGGCUGCUCCUGUCCGCGUACCUGGAGCAGCGGAGCUGAUGGCAGCCCGGCCCCUCCCCGCCCCUCCCCGCCCCUCCCCGCCUCCCCGCGCCGGGUACUUGCGGACGCGCUCUUGCCUCCAGCGGCCCUCUCUCACUCUGGCCCCUUCCCUGUCCACCUGUCCCCUUAAGCGCUGGGGGCUGGGGCCCCGCCGGACUGGCCUGGCCUUGCCCCUCCGGCUGUUUUGCAGCCAGGAGACCCGGCCUGGUCACCUCCGUGCUCCUUCCUUCUGCUUUUCCAGCCCCGUUUGAAGCCUACGCGGGCAGUGAGAGGCUGGGUUUUUAUCACUUUUAAUGAAUUCGGCAUGAUUUGUUGUACAUUUUUAAAUUUCCCUUUUGGGAAGAAAAACCAAACACUUGCUCCAACUGAUAAGUGGGGGGCUUUGUUCCAGUCCCUGCUUUAACCCCCCACCCAGUUUUUUGCUUGGUUGGGGGGGUCCCUAGGGCUCUGCCCCUUUUUCCAGGAGCGUUCUGUCGUGUGUGCGUGUGUGUGCGCGCCUGUGUGUGCGUGUGCCCUGCAGCCCUGGACACAAGCUACAUCUUAGAGGCUGGUCCUACCACCGUUUGAAUGUGUGUUCUCCCCUGGUGGCUUUUGGUGGCUCUUGGGGCCCUCUCUGGUCUGCACACCUCCUCCCUUCAUACUGGGGGAUUGGGACUUCCAGCCAGAAGCCUCUGCCCUCGGACUGCCCCAUUCUCCUUGCUCCUCCCCCACCCGGCUCUGGCCUGUUGCCUUGGGGUAUCCUUACACUGGUCACCCCGGCAUGUCCCACAGGAGCAGAGCUGGGGCACACCCCUCCCGUGUGUGUGGCUUGUUGUGCUUUGGGAAAAGUGGAGAAUUCAAUAAAUUUCUGGUGCUCUGGUCA